AUGGCCUUUCGUCAUUUAACAAGAAACUUAUUUCAAUUUGGUAAACUUGCAAAUACGAACAUAAACCAACGUUUGUAUUCUUCAAUUCAACAUUCGUAUCGAUAUCGACCGUUGAUUGUGAAUCAGCAUUAUGUUUCAAUUCGAGCAUUUUCAUCGUUGAAAACGAACGAUAAUGCUUAUCGUGAUCUUGAUACAUUUCUUCAAAAGGAAAUUCAAUUAGAAAAAAGUGCUCAAAAGCAUCCCAAUAGUUUACCAACUAUCCCGAAUUUUCAGGUACAAACUGAUGGUCCAGAAGUAACGUUAACGCGUCAAUCGGACGAAUCUGAUCAGGAAUCGGAUUUGAAUCCCAAUGAAUCCGAACAAAAAUCGGACAACGCCGCAUCACAAUUGAAAUCGCGACCAACAUUUACUGUUGAUAUCAAUCGUGAUAAUCAAACAUUAUCGUUUCUUUGUUCGUAUUUACCACAUGAGCACCCCGAGGCGCAUAAUGAACAACAACCGUCAGAAAAUGCUUUAGAAGAUUUUCAAAUCGAUGAAUUCACAAUUCAUGAUGGAGAAUGGAAUGAAACUGUUUAUAGUUCUGAUUGCUCAGUUAUUGAUGGAGAACUUUAUGAUAAACUACUCAAUUUACUCGAAGAACAAGGCAUUGGUGAAGAAUUCGCCAAUCAACUCGCUGAUUUCUCCACCGCCUAUGAACACCAACAAUACAUUGGUUUACUUGAUAAACUACAAAAAUUUGUCAAAUCAUAA